UGUGACACAAUCACCUCAAAAUCGACUUGUUUAUGAGAUCUUUACCAGGUUGCUAACGUCGAUGUUUUUGGUACGGUGUCGUUCGUGUUUGAAGAUCAUGAAAUAUGGCGUUGCUGUUGUAGCGUCCGACUAAUUUUCGUCGAUGUUGUGAAUGAUUAAUGGAAUUCGUGAGGAACUAGAUGAAAUUUUUUAUGCACGCAACGAAAUGGUUUGUUUUCUGCACUAGACGGCGACCUCAUGAUUCAAUGUGAAGCCCUCAACGUGACUCCAUCUAUCAUCAAAUUGUUAGGAUGGCCCGGAGAAAAAAAUCCCAAGUUGAUGAGAGUGAGCAGUCGCCUAUGCAAAAAUGUCGUGGUCCUAAAGUGAAUGGCUUAUCUGACAAUAAUGUGAAUGGUGACUCGGAGUCUGACGAUGGUCAUGAUGAUGAAGAAGUGAGGUCUACCUAUUCAUCUCAAGCCUCUAAAGAUUCAACAAUGUCUCCCUCAACUACGGUUGUACACAAGAAAUUUGGUAAAAUCAAUUGCUUGCCUCCAGAAUCACAGGACGAUGAUCCUACUGUGGACUCUGAGGGUUCAAGUCACGACCAGGAAGACGUUCAAAUGGAUGAAGACACCAGAAAUGAUGAUGCUUGUGAUGGCACUGAACUGUUGGAAGUGGUCUUGGCACACGAACAAGGUGAAACGGGGGGUUGCAGUGUUGACGAUGUGGAAGGCAUGGAAGAUGCCGACACUGAAACAAUUGUAGUUGAGGUUGAAGAGGGGAUGGUGGAUGAAAUUGACCAUCAAAACACAGUUAUUGUGCAGGUUGUUGAUGAAGAGUUGAUGUACUCUGAAGAAGAUGGUGCAACUAUCUGGGAGGUGGAGGCUGUGGAAGAGGUAGACAAUGAGGGCAAUGAGUCGGACGAUGCAUCAGGGCAAGAGGAGGUUGUUCUGAUGGAAAAGGUAGAUGAGACUGUAGAAACCUUCGAGACAUUUGAAGCCUCUGAAGAUGUUGCUGUGAAUAACGUUUCAUCUUCUGGUAUCACAGAGAAGAGUGAAGGACUGGACCCUGACAUGUCAUCUCUAGCCAGCCGGCAUCCAUCAACCCUUGACAGUGACAUGUCAGACAGGGAAGUGGAUGAUGACCAAUCUGCCCUGAGAAAUAAACUUUCUCCCGAUGAGAUAACUCAAAUGGUUCUUGGUCUUAACUGUGGAAGUGCAAACGUGGCAGUGGAACGUAAAUUGUGUGAAGUUAGUAAAGACAAGCAAGAAAGUUCAGUUACUAAUCAACGUAGAGAAAGUGUUAUUACCCGAAGAAGUAGUGAAGAAAUCGAUAUGGAUGUAGACAUGAACUCUAGACUGAAAGGGAAUCCCAUUCAUGUGUAUGGUAAUCCUAAGAAAAAUAAGUCGCCAACAAAAACACCUGAAAGCUCUGUGAUUAAAAACAAUUGUGGAUUAACUACCCCUCCAAGAAAAAAUGUGAUAUGCAUAGAUGAUUCACCUUCAAUAUUUACUCCUGGCGGUUCAAGUAAGAAGGAAGAAGUUAGUUGUAAUGAAUUGCCAAUUUCAAGCAUUGGGGGCAACCUGUAUAAUGUAGAUUUAAAUUCCGUCACCCUAAAGAAAGAAAUCUCAGUUAAACCCGCUUCCAAAGAUGGGCACGCUUAUUUGGGUAUAGAACCAAUCAGAAAGGAAUCAAAAUUAACUGAAGAAGAGUUUAAAGCUGCUAAUCUUCUUCGUAAUCGUAGUGGCAGUAGUGAUACUACAGGAUCAGACAGUGGGUCUCGGAGUCCGACGGUACGCCGCAGUACACGAAUCCGCGCACCACCUGCUGUGAAGAAACAAACUACACCAAAGAAUUCGUCUUCAGAUUCUGUGGAUUCCACCAAAGAGAAUCCCUCAUCUUCAACAAAUGCCUCAUCAAAUCGCUCUUCUUCAAACACCUCCCUUGCAGAAGUUUCUAUGCCAGUCAAAGUGAAAUCACGGUGGCGGAGAUCAAGUGAGCUAGAAAUGGGAGGCAUGGCCACUUCAGACCAAGAUAUAGGAACCACCGUCCCUUCACCUUCCCAACCACCUGAACCUCCCAUGGCAUGCACCCCACCUGCCUCUAGUAGAAUUUUGUCAGAGAAAGAGUUAAAGGCUAAACAAGAAGAGGAGCAGAGAGAACUUUCAGAAAGACUGAAAGGUUAUGAAAUCUUGAAGGAGAAUUUAUAUUUGACUGAAAGAAUUAAAAGCAAAGAAGCAAAGCGUAUGGUUUGCGAUUGUUCAUUGAGUAAAGAAGAAAUUUCUCGGUCUGAAAUGGGAUGUGGAGAAGAUUGUCUUAACAGACUCCUUAUGAUUGAAUGUGGUUCUCGGUGUCCUGUGAAGAACAUGUGCUCAAACAAAAGAUUUCAAUCUGCUGAAUAUGCCAAAUGCGAGGUUUUUAAAACUGAAAAGAAAGGCUUUGGUUUACGAACAACAGAGGAUCUUCCAGGUGGCUCGUUCAUAAUGGAGUAUGUGGGGGAAGUAUUGGAUCCAAAGGAAUUCCGGAAACGUGCCAAAGAGUAUUCCAAAGACCAAAACAAACAUUAUUAUUUUAUGGCCCUAAAAUCUGAUGCAAUUAUUGAUGCUACCACCAAGGGAAACAUUUCAAGAUUCAUAAACCAUAGUUGUGAGCCCAAUGCUGAAACUCAAAAGUGGACUGUGAAUGGGGAACUUCGCAUUGGGUUUUUCACCACAAAAUCCAUCCGAGCUGGAGAGGAAAUCACCUUUGACUACCAGUUCCAAAGGUAUGGGAAGGAUGCUCAAAGAUGUUACUGUGAGACCAGUUCUUGCCGCGGUUGGAUUGGAGGAGAUCCGGACUCUGAGAAGAGCCAAAGUCAGUGGCAAGAAUGGAAGUACAAAGAUUCUGCAAAGAAGAAACGUGAUAAAGACAAAGACAAGGACAAACGUAGAGAGGAUAUAGAUCUUGAAGAAGAAAUUGAAAAGUUAUGUUCCACUGGACUGAAGAGCCGUGCUCACACACUGACACUAUGUAGGCUUAUGGUACGAGCAGAAGAUGUUGAUUCUCGAGGGAAAUUAUUGAAGCUUUUAAGAGAUGGAGAAGCAGCCUGUUGCCGGUUGUUCCUAGAUUAUCAUGGUUUGCGCCUCAUUUGGAGUUGGAUGAUUGAUGUUAGAACAGCUGAUAAUGUGCAAGCAAAAACAGAGAUUCUGCGAACCUUAAAGAAAUUGCCUAUACCAAACAAAACUAUGCUUAUGGAUAGUAAAGUAUGGGGUGUAGUUGAAAGAUGGUCUCAGUGUAAACUGAGUGCUGAACCGAGUCCUCCAGAUGCUGACAGAGCAUUUGAAGAGGAAUCUAGCAAUGACCUGUCAGACAAAGUCGAGUCUGAUGAGAAAAAGACAAUAUCUCCAGUGAAUGAUGCACCAUCAGCUGACAUCAAGCCACCUUUGGACUCUGGCAUGGAAGUAGAUGGAGAACCAAAGGAAGAAGUAGCUAGCUCUGAUGCUGGAGCCAAAGCCUGCGCUGAACUGGCUGCACUCAUAAUGCAGGCAUGGAACAGCUUGAAGGAAGUCUUCCGCAUUCCCAAGAAAGAGCGCAUAGAACAAAUGAAGGAACAUGAAAGGGAAGCUGACCAGCACUUCGGAGAGUUAGAUGAAAGGUACAAAGAUGACGAGAAGCCGUCCUACGACAGGUAUGACAGGCAUAGAGAUGACCGGAGGAAACGAUCAAGGGAGUCCCCCGAACAUGACCGGUACCGACGCCCGAGACUAGAGGAACGAUCUCGGUACGAUGAUCGGCGCCAUGACGAACGAUCUCGCUAUGGAGAGAGAUCAAGAUACGAAGAAAGGAAGUACGACGACAGAAGAUAUGACGAGAGGAAGUACGAAGACAGAAGACACGACGAAAGAAGAUAUGAAGAUCGUCCCAGGACUUUAGAGGAAGUUCCCCGCGUAGAUGAUAGACAAAUUGAUGUCAAACUAAGUAAAGAAGCUCGCCGGAAAGCAUUUGCUAUGAAAGUUCAGCAGGAGGAGGAAGAGCGAGAAGCCAGACGCAUUCAAGCGGAGAAGGAUGCGGAAGCUCAGAGACAUGCACAGGAAGAGUGGUGGCGUUAUCAUGAGGAAAGGUGCAGGCAAUUGAGCUUGGAUCCUCACGUCACUGCUGCCAUUUUCAAUUCUCAGUAUUACAACCCAACAACCAAUCAGUGGGUGGCGUACACUCAUCCCCAAGAUCCUAAUCUUCCACAAAACUCAUAUCAAUCUGAAGUUGGUCAAAACCCUGUACUGUUCCCAACUGAUCCCAACAGUCCGAUACCGACUCAGCUUCAAGCAGCCGCGUUCCCUGGCAUGUACACUGCUGCUCCUACUCAGCCGUCACCCUAUGAUCCUACUCACUUACCCCCUGGAAUACCUGGUGUGUCACCUGUACCAAAUGGAGUCUCCCCCGGAGUGUUGGUGGCAAUUCCCCACAGUUCUAGUGCCACCGCCACGACUGCAGAUACAUCCCUAAUGGUGCAGGCGGGAGCUGUGGAUCCUCAGUCAGCCACGUACCAACUGCCGCAAGGAACUGAGGAUUCUUUCAGAGCCCAGGAUGCUCUACCACAGGCUUAUGCUGGCUCUGGAAUUCCUGCGGAAAGUCAGCAACCAGCCGCUCAGUACUUGCCACCCCCUGUACCUGUGAAGCUUCCACCAAAGUGGAAAUGUGCCAAGGAUGCUGAGGGCCGCACUUAUUACUACCAUGUGAAAACUAGAAUUUCUCAAUGGGAGCCACCGCCAUUGCCUGUCUCUGUCCCGGAGACUGUAGACAGUGAGUCCUCUUCAAGUUCUAGCGAAGAGGAAAAUGAAGAUGAAAACGAAAAUGAAGAGGAGGAGUCAGAUUCUAGCGAGCCUGAGGAGAACAAGUUGGAAGAAGAGGAGGAAGAGGAGGAGGAAGAUCCAGAGGCGGAUGUGGACAUGCCCUUGGUUGUCGAGCAGGGCUUAGGAAUGGCGACUCACCAUCAACAGCUGAUGCUGGCGGAUCCAGACUAUCCCAACUUCAGUCCUAGACCGGGCGUGGAUGCCAAAAAGAAACGGCGUGUAGGACUAGUGCAAGAGCAUAUCAUCAGUCCUCGAAGAGACGAGGAGAGAACAGAUCCUAAAGUUUACAAGCAGAUUAAGGAGAAGCUUCGUCGUCAGAAAGAGAAAAGGAGACAGAGAGAUAGAGAUGGCAAAAGCAGCAAAAAACGUCACAGAGACAGUGACAAAUCUAAAACUGUGUACUCACUUGAAAAGCCUGUAACUGUUGCUGCAGAUACUUCUAGUGAUGCUGCACGUCGCAUCAAAGACCAAUUUAGACUAAAUAUGGCAGGUGUGAUAGUGACACAUCUGAAUCCAUACCGCAAACCUGAUUGUAAAAUGGGUCGUAUUACCAAUACUGAAGAUUUCAAGCACUUAGCUAGAAAGCUUACCCAUUUUGUGAUGCUGAAAGAAUUAAAGCACUGCAGGAAUGUUGAUGACUUAGAGUGCAAUGACAAUGUUAAACACAAAGCCCGAGACUUCAUUAAGAAAUACAUGGCCAAAUUCGGUGAAGUGUAUGUGAGACCGAAGGACGACGACUGACAACACAAUUCCCCAGCCCCUGGUGAGAGUCUUGAGCUGGGGCUGGGGAUGGGAAUUGGCGAAUUUCUGGAGUGGCAGGAUGCUGCCCAACAAAAUGCCGUCGAUGAUGAUAGCACUGGCACACCACCAGCAGGUCCAAGCCAAGGCCCGGACCGUGUCGUCAGGCAUCCUCAAAACGCCCUCGUUUUCCCAUGGAACGGCCAAGAAGGUGACAAGUUUGGCUACACUGUGGAAGAAACCUACAUGCCCUACAAGCUGAAGAUGAUCUCAAUGUGAUGUGAGACAGAGCUCAAAGAAAACAUGGUUUUUUAAUGUCAAAGUUUUCUAAAACUUUUCUGUUGGAUGCCUAAUGUCAGUUAAGCAACAAAUCUUUUACAAUAUAUCAGAUUAUUCUCAAGUGUGAUAGUAGAAGAAAAAAUCCUUUUGUUGAAAUAGUAGCACUGAACUGAGAAACAUCAAAGGUUCAAACAAUUGUGAAGGUAUUCUUUUCAGUUUUAUCUUGUAUCUUGAUUCAUUGAGAUGAAUAUGGGAGCAAAAUCAUGAUAACAUGAAUUGACCGGUUGUCAAUAUUUGCCAAAUGAAAUAUUGUAAUGAACUUUAUAAACUGUAAAGGCAGUGACAGUUCUGUCUUGUCCAUUAAUUGCCCAAUUUGAGUCAAUUCUGAUCAGCUUCACUGCUCUAGUGCAGUUUGUUUUUGGUUCUUCAGUGGGCAAAAAUACUCUUUUCUAUUAGGAAAUUUUUCUAGAUGUAUAUUGUUCAUUCCUUUUUGCAUAAUAUAGGAAAUAAAGAGCAUGUUUGGCGUUCCCCA